AUGAGCCACCGCAACAUCCCCGCAAUCCACCUGCUGUGCAUGGAAUCCAAAUUCCUCGACGCCUUCAACGAAGCCCUCCCAACGCACUGGCCCACCUACAAUGGAAGCACUAACGGGAACCCGCCCAUAAAAAUCCAAACCCAUAACAGCUCCCUCGCCGCCUUCCCCGCCACCACCACAUUCGACCUCGUCGUCUCCCCCGCAAACUCCUACGGCCGCCUCGACGGCGCCUUCGACGACGCCAUCUCGCGCGCGUUCUGCCUCCCGCACCAUGACUACGAUACGCUCACACGUGCCGCGCAGAAGAUACUGUAUGACAAGUAUCGCGGGUUUGCGCCGCCGGGGUCCUGUGAGCUUGUGCCCUUCCCGGAUGAGUUGGUUGGGAUGAAUGAGUGGGGGUGUAAGUGGGUGGGGUUGUGUCCGACGAUGCGCACGCCGGAUACGGCGCGGUGGGAUCGCGAGGUUGUGUAUGAGUGUGUGUGGAGUUUGUUGUGUAGUGUGGAGAGGUGGAAUCGGGGGCUUGAUAACCGGGAGGGGGAGGGGAGUGUAGUUGGUGAAGGUGGGGAGAGUAGAGAUCGCGGGAGAAUUGAGAGUGUGCUUAUCACGCCAAUGGCCACAGGGUGUGGAGGGGUGAGUCCGAAGAAGUGGGCGGCGCAGUUUGUGUUGGCGAUGAGGCAUUUUGUGGAUGCGUUGGAGAGGCCUGAGAGGUGGUCGGCGUUGGGGUGGAGGGAGAUCUAUGAGGAUACCAAUGACGUGGAGAAGACGUGGAAGAUGUAG